AUGGCACCGCCUUAUACUUAUCCAGUAGCUGGAAUCGUCUAUUUUGUGACUCAUCCACAACCCCACAACUUUUUUUUUUUUUGUUUUUUUCUUCAAAAGUUAUGGGUCAAAGCCCUUUGUCCAUUUCUGCUGACUCUUAUUUUUGGUAUUCUAUCGCUUGUAUUGUCAUUUGUGUACUUGUUACCGUUGCAAGCACAUGCGCUUAUCAAUGUGAAUUGUCCAAAUUGGCUCGCUUGGACCGUCUCUGUGAUAUUUGUCUUACUCGAGUCCGCCGUCAUGGAUCUCAUCUUUUUCGCUAUUUUACUCGCCUUUUACCAAGAUAUUCUGUUUGAUGCUACUUUAAAGGCAAGAGGACUUGAUCGGAUGUUCAUGAACAGAAUACCUGUGAGUGGAUUACGCUUGUUUUGUCGCGGAAUAAAGAGUGGAUUGGCUUUACUGUGGCUGUUAGUCGUAGCCCAAGUGAUGAUCUUGAUCUUGACCGCACCAUUGCAUCUGAUACCCGUAGUAGGCACAUUUGUAGCUUGCUAUAUUAAUGGAUGGAUAGCUUGUUGGGGUCAUCAUAUUCAUUAUGACUUGGAAUUUAGAGGAUUUUCAGUCAGUGAAUCAAGAAGUUUUGCUUGGCGGCAUCGGUCUGACUAUUGUCAAUUUGGGGCUGUCGCCGUCGCAUUAGAAUUGAUCCCAUUGUUUAAUUUAUUGUUUAUGUGGACAAAUGUAGUAGGAGCCGCAUUAUGGGUAGGAGACAAGUAUGAAAAGAACGAGCGAGAAAUUGCUAGACGGAAUAAGCAGCAAAAGAAUAUCCAUUAUCCACUUCCCAACGCAAAAAGUCUUUUGCCAGCAACGUAG